UGGCACAUAGUAGAUCCCAUCGGUACCUUGGUGUUUUCCGCUAUGGUGCUGGUAAUUACUCUGGCUGUUUUGAGAGAUGUUGUCAACGUUCUCAUCGAGGGAAUGCCUAAAGGAGUUUACUUCAACGACGUUCUGAAAACAUUCCUGACCAUUGAUGGGGUUCAACAAGUCCAGGACUUGAAGCUUUGGGCUCACAGCCUGGACAAGAUCGCACUGUCUGCUCAUCUUACGAUCCGUCCAGGAGUCGAUCACAACGAAGUCCUCAAACUGGCUUCCAGGAGAAUCCACGCCAAGUACAACUUCUACGAAAUGACAUUGCACGUCGAGGCUUUCCAAGAACAAAUAUCAGCUGAUUCUACAUUGGAAAAGAAAUGAGGCAUGUUUAAUGCUUCACUUUUGAUUCUGAUUUGUGCUAUGAAAUAAAUUGUACCUGGAUUUCAAUAAAUAACUGUUUAGACAUACACUA